CUUUGCUGUCCCUUGGCUUGUAGAAGCAUCACCUCAUCCCUGCCUUAAUUCAUUCACUCAUUCAUUCAUUCUCCUCAUCUCACCGUUUUCCCAGGUCCUUGUUCUGAGCCUCCACAGACGCAGAUUUUCACACAGUAAUGUUCUAGCCAAGAGACUAAAGGUUUAAUACCUGGAUUCUCACACCCAUCUCCCUCAGCACCACAGCUUUGACAACCCCAAUGAGGUAACAGCAAAGAAAGGAAGGAGUGACUCCUCCUCCAGAAUCCUCCUGUGCUCACCUGGGUUGCUCUCAGCAGCUGUGCGCUCAACCCAGUGCCUCAGGGUGGGACGGGGAGUCACACACAUGCACAGCAGAGGGAUUGGGAAAUGUGCACAUGGGUGUACACAAUUAUUGAAGAAAGAAGUGGAGGUCUCAUGUUGCCAUGGGACUAUGGAACUCAGCACCUGAGUGUCCCCUUCAAUAAAAUAGGGGUUGAACUGGGCUUCCCCUCAGACUGGGAUUACAAGGUCCUGAGAAGCCGAGGCCCUGCGUAUCAGGGAGCGUAAGGUUCUGGGGCUCAGCAGAGGGCCCUGGAGCCAUCAUGGAGGGCUUUCAGGACAAGGACAACAGAGCAGGCCUUGUGUGGCUCAGAUAGGGGAAGAGGCAGAGGAGUGGGCAUUCCUGGCAGAGCGAAUAGCAUGAGCAAGGUUUGGAGGCAGGCUUGGGGGGCAGAGGUCAGAUGAACUCUGAUGGGGGCUGGGUUGAGGGGCUCCCACAGCCCCUGGCUCAGGCAAGCCUAUGUCUCCUCCUCUCUGGCAUGUGCCAUGCCAGCUCCAUGCAGGGUAGGAGCCCAGAGCUGAUCAGACUCCUUGCCCUGAGAUCCAGAUCCUGUAUUCAGCUGCCCACUCGGCAUUUCUAGCGCCAGACUCUUCAUGUCCCUGUACACCUGGACUUUCACCCCCAACCCUACACUGCCCCAUGAUGUCCACAUCUCAGGUAAUGUCUGCUCUGUCCUUUCAGCUGCUCAGGGUGAAACCCAGAAGUCACCUUGACCCUCCCUCUCUCACCCCCCACAUUCAAGCUGCUAGCAACUGCUCUUGCAUCCACCUUCAGAAUAGCCUCAGAAUCCACCCACUUCUCACCAUCUCCACUGCUACUAUUCUGACCUGUGCCACCAUCAUCCUGUGCCUGGACCAUUGCAGUAGCCUCCUCAUUAGUCUCCUUCACAGCAGCCAAACAACUCUUUUUUUUCAGUCCAUCCCUAAGUCACUGGGAUAAAAUAGUGCCCCCAGGAGAAAGUCGGAGAUCAGCCCUGGUAGGAUGAGCAAAGGCCACGUGGCCUAUGCAGGGAGUGGAGAGGACAGAGGGCUGAGGCUUGAAGACAGCCACAAGUGGUGCAGGAAUGGUCUGAGACCUGUACUGACUGAGGCCCCACAAAUCUUCACCCAUUGCCUUUGUGAAGGACACAUCCACACCAGGGCUGUCCCAGCAUGUGGAGGCAAGCUGGGGACUGGACUCGCGCACGUGGGGCACGUGUGGGUACACUCAUGUACCUGUGUUCCUGACACCAGUGUGUGUGUGUGUGUAUACAUGAUCAGAGCUGGGGUGCAGCUGUGGGGCCCUUUGGCACAUGUCCCAGCCAAUGCCUGCUCUAACCAGAGCAGGUGUCUGCAUAAUUUGGAUGAGUAUCUCGCUCUGCCCCCAGCACAUGUGUGACUCCUUCCCCCUCUGUUCAUGCAGCCUGCCUUCAGACAAGGACCCAAUGCCCAACCCCAGGCCAGCCAAGCCCCCAGCUCCUUCCUUGGCCCUCGGUCCAUCCCCAGGAGCCUCACCCAGCUGGAGGGCUGUGCCCAAGGCCUCAGACCUGCUGGGGGCCAGGGGCCCAGGAGGAACCUUCCAAGGCCGGGACCUCCGAGGUGGGGCCCAGACCUCUUCCUCCUCCUUGAACCCCAUGCCACCAUCGCAGCUGCAGCUGCCCACAGUGCCCCUAGUCAUGGUGGCACCCUCCGGGGCACGGCUGGGCCCCUUACCCCACUUGCAGGCACUCCUUCAAGACCGACCACACUUCAUGCACCAGCUCUCAACAGUGGAUGCCCACGCCCGGACCCCUGUGCUGCAGGUGCACCCACUGGACAGCCCAGCCAUGAUCAGCCUCCCACCACCCACUGCCACCACCGGGGUCUUCUCCCUCAAGGCCCGGCCUGGACUGCCACCUGGGAUCAACGUAGCCAGCCUGGAAUGGGUGUCCAAGGAGCCAGCACUGCUCUGCACCUUCCCAAACCCCAGUGCACCCAGGAAGGACAGGUCAGUGGACAGGGCUGGGAAGGACUCUCACUCUGCUAUCCCCUCCCCUGACACCCUCUGUCCCCCCAGCGCCCUUUCAGCCAUGCCCCAGAGCUCCUACCCACUGCUGGUAAAUGGCAUCUGCAAGUGGCCUGGUUGCGAAAAGGUCUUUGAGGAGCCAGAGGACUUCCUCAAGCACUGCCAGGCGGACCAUCUCCUAGAUGAGAAGGGCAGGGCACAGUGUCUCCUCCAGAAAGAGGUGGUACAGUCUCUGGAGCACCAGCUGGUGCUGGAAAAAGAGAAGCUGGGUGCUAUGCAGGCCCACCUGGCCGGAAAAAUGGCCCUGACCAAGGCGCCAUCUGCUGUGAGCAACCUCCAGCCGACAUCAUCUGACAAGGGCUCCUGCUGUAUUGUAGCGGCUGGCACCCAGGGCGCCUUCGUCCCAACCUGGCCCAGCCCCCAUGAGAACCCUGACAGCCUCUUUGCUGUGAGGAGGCACCUGUGGGGCAGUCAGGGAAACAGCACAUUCCCAGAGUUCUUCCACAAUAUGGACUACUUCAAGUUCCACAACAUGCGGCCCCCUUUCACCUAUGCCACCCUCAUCCGCUGGGCCAUCCUGGAAGCUCCCGAGAAGCAGCGGACACUCAAUGAGAUCUACCACUGGUUCACACGCAUGUUUGCCUUCUUCAGAAACCACCCUGCCACUUGGAAGAAUGCCAUCCGCCACAACCUGAGCCUGCACAAGUGCUUCGUGCGGGUGGAGAGCGAGAAGGGAGCUGUGUGGACCGUGGAUGAGUUCGAGUUCCGCAAGAAAAGGAGCCAGAGACCCAGCAGGUGUUCCAACCCUACACCUGGCCCUUGAGCUCACCACCAAGGAAAGAAGGAAGGAAGGACAGGGGCCAAGACAGGGGCAGAGGUGGCAGGUGGCAGGGGUGACAGGUCCUGGAUGUGCCCUUAGGGAGGAAGUGAGGUGUCCACUGUCUUGCUUUCUAAAGCUCCUGCUUCCCAGCUGGUAGCCCUCCUGGGUCAUAUCCUCUGUCCCCAGGCUGUUCACAGGGGGCCCAGUCCCAGCCCCAGCCCUCACCUCCACCCUGCCCCACCCCACCCGAGAUGGGCCCGCCAGCCAAAUGGAGCCUUCACAACCAGCCACACUCAGCCUGCCUCAGCCACUCUCACAGAUGACCUCAGAGCUGGAAAAGUCACACAGACACAGACUGUCGGUCCUGACCCCUGGACUCUAACACAAACUCAAAACACAGAGCCUGCCUCAGCACACUCAAAUGACCUCAAAGCUGCAGUCACAUAAACAAGCACACAUGAGCACAAUCCUACUAACUCACAUACCCCAAAGCACGCACCCAGAGCCAGCCUUAGGGCCAACAGGGGCAAUAUCACGCAGGGGUGUGCCUAGAUACCAGCACAGAAGCAGCGUCAGUACCCCCAGGGUCUCAGGUUCCAGAAAGCCACACGGACACAUAAUCACUCAUGCUUGGUCUCAUGCAGCCCCUGACACAUGCUCGGUCACACACACACAGCCCAUUAACAUUCACCUGCGUAUCUCACAUGCAUGCACACAAAUGCACACGCACAGCCCCCCAGUGGGUCUCCCGAGUCCCAUGCAGACAUACAGCCACACACACUGACUUGCCA